GCUUCUCGCACACUUGACGCAACGGUGGCUAAAGAACAGCACCCGAAAAGGGAAGAUUUAUCCGUACUUUGUGAGAAGGCCAAUUCGAAAUAUUGUGAAAGAAAACUAUUCCCUGAAGCCGGAAAACUCAGUAAGAUGGCCGUUCUUUAUAGAGCCUCUGGGAUAAUUCUCCUUUUUGUCGUCUGUGAUUCGCUGGCUCGACGCAUGCGUAAUGGAACUCGCUAUGUUCCAUCACUGGCUUGCCCUGCGGGAUGCUCCUGUGCUUAUGGAUGCGGGGGCCUGGGUGCCGGGUCUUCACGUUCACGUGGGCUGAAAUGUAACAGAAUAGAUUCUCUUCGUGGUACAGUCUUUGCGAGGAUCGCUGGGGAUGUCUGCUCUUUGGAUAUCAGUCAUGCUGGCGUAGUGAGCACUCCAGAUGGACUUUUCGGAAAACUGACUAGACUGCAGAAAUUGAGGUUAUCAUAUAAUAAUAUCACUGUCCUGAGAACCAGAGCAUUUCGACAUUUGGUAGCCUUGCAAGAACUCUAUCUUGACCAUAACCAUAUAACAAAAAUCGCCCGCGCCGCCUUCGAGGGACUGGUCAGACUAAGGCUUCUGGAUGUGCGUCACAAUAAGCUGAAAACCUGGCAAGGGGUACUCAGCAAAAAUCUACCCGCCCUACAGCAGCUACACGUGUGGGGUAACCCGGGAUUCGUUAUGCGCAAGGAUCUGCUGCGUAGGACUACUGCGCAGCUGAUAACAGGCACCAUCACCACGCGCUGUGUAGACUGCAGCUUGAGGCGGGUGAAUAACAUCUCGCGGGAGUUUCUACUGGAUAUUGUGCUCUCAACUUAUCGCGGCUGCGUGUACUACCCUAAGGAACAUUACCAACAACUGGACAGUACCAGGAAAAAGAUGGUUUACUUUAAUGGAUUUUGCAAGAGACAUAAUUGCACCCUAUCUUUGACGUCUUUGACUCCAGUAAAAAUGCUACGCCAGGACAGAUGCCUGCGCGCCUUUAGGAAAUUGCGGCCACUGGUGUACACCCUGGGGCUAUGCGCAAUGGGCCUCAAUCUGGUGGUGUUUACGGUGAUUGUGUGCAUGAAGUAUUUGCGCUCCUCGGUGGCGUUUUUGCUAAUCGCUCAUUUGUCCCUGUGUGACUUUCUCAUUGGUGUUUAUGCCAUAGGGGCAGCAGUUGGCAACGGCUCGGCCACUUCUAUGGUUGCAUCUAAAUUCUACCGGCUGAAUAUUUGUCCUUAUUUCUGGAUGAUCUUUGUGCUCGGCCAGUUCCUCAGUGCGCUAACGUGUCUACUUGUCACGGUUGAGCGAUACAUGACAAUCGUACACUGCAUGAAGCCCCAUCUAAGACUGACCCGGAGCCUCGCUUCCAUUCUACUUCCCGCCUCGUGGGUCGCCGCGCUAGCUCUCGGUAUCCCCCUGGAGAGAUACGACACAAGGAAGAUCUCCGGCACGAUCAUGUGCAUCAUGGUGAGGAAUUUCAUGCCCGAGAAAGGAGUCCUCCUCAGCCAGUGCUUGAUGAUAUUGUUUCUUUCUGUAUACAUUGUGGUUGUCUCCUUAUACAUUCAUAUCUAUAUAGCUGCUAAGAAGUCAUGCACGCAGUCUGGAAGAUCAAAGAGAGAGUCCCGACUUGCUCGACGCAUCGGCCUCAUCACUCUCUCAAACUUCGUCUUCUUCGCCGUGCCUAACAUCGCCAUGUUCACGUUCGCCACAAACUACAUCAGCCUCCACGGUAAUGACGUCAUUGAUGCCCUUAUUAGGCGAUGGGUCCCGCCCAUGUGUUUGGUCUUUAACGCGUGCGUGAAUCCUUGUCUAUUCGCGUUUGGGAACCGGAAGUUUACAACAGGAGCCAGACAUUGUGCUCAGCGCAUGCGCAAUAAGGCGUUGGCUCUGCUACAACAGCAACCGAAUAUUUGAAGGUGACGGCUUUAGAGGGAUAGCGCUUAGGACGCUGGGAAGCCCCUAUCCUCCGUCUGCCUGUCGCCACCGGCAACACCGACGUUUUUGCCAUUUGUAAAACUCAACAGGUUCAUACGAAAGCUUUUUAGCUUGAUGGGGCCAUUCGUUAGAUAACGUGUUAUUACCUUAUGGCUUUUACGUGCGCGUACUGGCAGGUCUUCUCUAGGGCACAAGUGGUUCUUGGGUCAGUGGUUAUCGAAUAUACUAUCGGCUAAAUCAGUGAUUUAUCGCGAAAACAAAAUCAAGAUUUCGGAUUCAAUGUCACGCGGUAACAGAAGGCUAUGAGUUUUCAAGGGGAAAAAAAAAACGAAAAACAAAGCUGCAUUUCCCGAUAUUUGUAAUUUUGUAUGACGAAUGAUUGCACGACAGAAGCUAGUACAUAGCUCGAGUAAGCAUUUAGCGUUUGCACACAGACGUCAGUCAUUUAUCAUAGCGUAAGUGGGGGAGGGUUUUGUGGAACACCUUGUACAUAAAACACUUGUGUAAACCAUUUUACUGUGAAGCAUUAAACAGGGUUCUCCAAACUUUA